UAUUCUUCUGAAAAGUCUUUUAUUUCACAUGGGGGUUUCAGCAAGCGACGUCCAUCUGCUGAGUUGGUAUCAUGCGGUUGGAUACUGACGUGGUAGAUCAACAGCGACGCCCCGCGACCGGAACCGGCAAAUGGCCUACGUCCAUGGCGCCGGAGAGCUCGACGCGUGUCCAUGAAUCAUCUGCUACGUGCACCGAGCUCCGCAAACCUCCACCUGUUGCCUCAAGCUCACGAACGCAGGCCUAUUAAUCCCGACCGUCGUGAUGCAGCUUCAAUCGUCUUGCAGCGGGAAGGGAAGGGAAGGGAAGCGGUCACGAUGGCGCAGGAGACGCUGAAGCUGGUGUCGCCCUCCAUCGGCAACGAGGGGCGGCUGCCGCGCAAGUACACGGGGGACGGCCAGGGGGCGCGCAAGGACAUGUCGCCGCCGCUGGAGUGGUACGGCGUACCGGAGGAGGCGCAGUCGUUGGCACUGGUGGUGGAGGACGUGGACGCGCCCGUCGACUCGGACGGCCCCGGUGUGCCUUGGACCCACUGGGUGGUGGUCAACAUCCCGCCGGGUCUCCGAGACCUCCCCGAGGGCUUCCCAGGCAAGGAGGAGGCUGUGGGCGGGGAGUACGCGGGCAUCAAGGAGGGCAACAACGACUGGAAGGUUCCCGGGUGGCGCGGCCCCAAGCCGCCCACGUCCGGCCACCACAUCCGCUUCAAGCUGUACGCGCUCGACCAAACCUUACGUCUUGGCAACAAGACAAAAGAAGCGGACAGACGAGUUUGAAACGCUAUUUCUUCCACCUUUCGGCGGAAAAGAGGUGACAAAGGAAAGGCUGGUGGAUUAGAUGGACGGACAUGUUGUGGGAGAAGCAGAGUUGGUGGCCAUGUAUUAGACUACGAAGCUCUGGUGGUUGCUGGACGCUACGGUUCCCUCACGUUGGUUCUCUUUUCCUUUUUCUUCUUCUGAAAACGAUACAAAGGGAAGUGUUGUCUCAAUGCAAAUAAAGUCGUAUCAGAUUCUCCCUCUCUCCUCCUGUACAGGAAGGGAUAUCA